GGUCAGUCUCCCGAGUGAAUGACGGGGGCGGGACCGCCGGCCUUCGAGCGCCGGAAAAAAAAUUAAAAACCGAAAAUCCUGAGCGAAACCGUCCGGAGUCGGUUGUGUGGAUCCCUUGUGUGGCACUGUCACUCCUGGGGGACAUUUCUCCCACUUUGUAAUACUUGGCACUUCAUAAACCCAACGUGAAGAGAAUCCAGAUCAUCAAGGGGGCCGUUGACCCAAAUGAGUGCACGGUCUGUCAUUUCCACUCAUCCCAAAGAGAGCACAGGUCAGAAUGGAGUGAGCAGAGUGCAGCUCCAGCCCAGCAGCAGCGGUGCCAGUGUCGGUGUACAGCAAGUCCCGCAGCUCCAUCCACUCAGUCCCUCAGGGGCUGGCAAGACCAUGGCACCAAGUAAACAAAGCAAAAAGAGUGCGAGUUACAACAAGGAGAGCGAGGAGUACCGACAGCGGCGAGAACGGAACAACAUGGCGGUGAGGAAGAGCCGCUUAAAGAGCAAACAGAAGGCUCAGGACACACAGCAGAGAGUCAAUGAGCUGAAAGAGGAGAAUGAGCGUCUGGAAGCAAAAAUCAAACUGCUCAGCAAGGAGCUGAGCGUCUUAAAGGAUUUGUUUCUUGAGCAUGCGCAUAGUUUCUCAGAUAAUGGGCACCCACCAUUCACUGAAAACACUGGAGCUGGGCAGGAGUCUAACAAUAUGCAGCAAUAGGAGGGGGCAGAGAUGGCAAGUGUCAACAUCAGGAAAUUUUAUGGAAAGGGGUUUUGCUUUGAAUUGUCUGUUUUAAUUUAAAUUUCUUUCUUUGAUGUGUAUAUUUCUGUUGUCCAGUGGUCUGUGUCCGGGAAGUAUUCAGAUCCCCGAAGGACUGAGAAAAGCAGGAGUUUGCAAAACGGACUGUGCAGAAACUAAAGGCACAGUCAACAAUCAUGGAAAGCAUCCAGGAUUACUCUCCAAUCUUGCUGCUUGGCAUCUACCCCAUAACCCACCCCGAUUCAACCUCUGUCCCAUUUCCCUCUAUUCUUCUAUUCCAGUUGAGCUAUGAAGAUGUAUGCAAGGCUGUGUGUUUCAAGGAUGCACUUUCACCCCAUUGGGUGAGAAGAUUUUGAGCUGGAGGUCAUGGUCUGUCACUGAAUCCAUGUGGGGCUGUUGACUUCAGAAGGGGUGAUUAGACUAACUAAUGGAACAGCAGUCCAGACAAUACCUGAAGCACAUAAGACACAAUAACAUUGUGGACAGUCCCUUGUUGUCCCUUUUAGUCUAAGGAACAGCCAAGUUGCCUUGCAGCCAAAACGUGGGUCUGACAGUAGGGCGGGGAGGGUCUCGGGGUCUGACAGAGGUUCUUGCCUGAAACACUAAACUGUCUCUUAUUUUCUCUCUCUGGGUUGCUGGCUCUGUUUCUUUUUAAUUACAGAUUGACAGCCCUGGUAAUUUAAAUUCACAGGAGUGUAGAGGUUUUGUUACUAGAGAUUCAGUUCAAAUCUCAUUAGGGCAGCUUCAGAAUUUGAGUUCAGUUUAAAAUAAAAAGUUGGUAGCAGUGCAAGUGAAGCAGUUUGGAGCCAAUUUGCACUAUUUUAAUAUUGUCUCCUCAUUGGGACUGUCUGCAAUCACACUGCUUCCUUGCAGAGAUUAACAUUCUGAAGCCUGGAGUUUAUAGCAGUUUCUAAUUGCAGUUUCCAGCACUCAGCAACCCUUUAGCUUUUGGUUUCAUUUUCUACCUGUCAAGUUCUGUUGCCUCCAUUCUUUUUGUCACUGGGAAUUUCUGCCUCCCUCCCUCACCAGCAGCUCCAACAACACUCAGGAAGCUCGACACUGUCCAGGACAAAGCAGCCCGCUUGAUUGGCACUAUGACCAUGAACAUUUACUCCUGACGCACAGUAGCAGCAGUGUGUACCAUCUACAAGAUGCACUGCAGAAACUCACCAAGGCUCCUUAGACAGCACUUUCCAAACCCACGACCACUACCAUCUAGAAGGACAAGGGCAGCAGAUAGAUGGGAACAUCAGCACCUGGAAG